GUAUGGAACUUUCUUUGUUCAUUACAAAGUCAAUACGAAUGCGAUUUAAAUUUUUCAUGGCGCCCGUUCAAUUGCGCUACCUCAUUCGCCUAUAUAAGUUUGUGUUCUCUAAUAUCAGUUUUCAUUCAGCGAUCAUUUCGACCGAUGGUCUCGUGCUAAAAGGCGUUUACCCGGCCCGUGGUUCGUUCAGUGAAUUGGAAUUCAAAAUUAGAACGCAUUUAUUUUUUAUCUAAAUAUUUUUUUUAUUUCCAUCCUGUGAUCGUGUUUUUGUUUUUGGUAGUUUAUUUUUUAUUUAAUUUAAAAAAUUAUGUGACAGUUUUGACGGAUACGAGUGGCGGGAAUUUUGACAGAUAAGUCGUCAACAAGAAUCUCUGCAGUAUUAUACGUACGUUUAGUAAUUUAUUGAGAAUGUAUCUGGUGCUACUGUUCACCGCGUCCCUGCUCGGCGUAAGCCGCUGCGCCAACGUCAACAAACACAUGAGGCUACUCUCAGACUUAGAUAAUCAUAUUGAACAUAAUGUAGCUCAAAACAACUUACAAUCCAGUGCCCGCCGCUUCCUUACGAUAACGCAGCGCCCCGAAGCGAUGUACACGCACGCUCGUGGCGAAAUGCUGGAACUAACGUGUGACGCCGUCGGUGUGCCAGCGCCCUCUAUACACUGGUUUAAAAAUGACGCUCCGGUUUAUGAGUAUGACGUAGAAUCAAAUGAACUAAUAGACAGUAACCCGAGUUCUCUUGCGCGGGUCAUUUCGACCCUGUUGGUAACGAGGACGUCGGGUCAUGACGUGUACACUUGCCUCGUCACGUCUGGCACCAAAACUGCUAGAGCUACCACUGUCGUUUAUGAAAAAGAUGGCAGCAGUAUACUGUCGGAGCGCGCAAAACUAUUACCUUUAGAACCUCGGAUAGUUGUCACUUAUGAGAUGUACGUGGAUACGAUGGGCAACAACAUAGUGCUGCCAUGCCGGGUUAAGGGACACCCCAAACCUCAUGUCACGUGGUUCGACAACAAGGGAACCCCCAUUAGGAAUGAUUCCGCGAGAAUGAGGGUGCUGCGUUCAGGCGAGCUAGUAAUAACGUCACUGCGCUGGAGUGACAUGGGCGAGUUCACUUGCCAAGCCACCAAUGUAUUCGGCUCACAACUCGCCAAGACGUUCGUUUAUCCGGCUAAAGCCGGAUAGACAGACAGACAUGCACACAGCGUCGAGUAUACUUAAUUGGAUGUUCCUGGUACUAAAUAAGUUUAUAUUAGGGCCGCAUCACACUGUGCGCGACAAACGCUGCGAUUUUAAAUCGUUUUCAUAAGUCUUUCCGUCUUGCUACUACGCUAAUAUGAAUUUUGAAAUUGUGUUAGGCGCCUAUAAUUGUUAAUUUUAUUUUUAUUCUUACAUUUCUUCCAUUAUUCACCUCUUACUUACGUUACAGAGAAAAAAGUAUUAAUACCAUUUUAAUUCAUAGUUGUAAUUGUAUCAUAAAAUCUAAGCAAUAAGGAUGAAUAUAAGUAUGUUUAAUAGUUUAUUUUUAUGAGUUACUAUUGAUAAUAAAUAUCUACUUAUUAAUAUUUCUUACUAUUAUAGACUAUUAAAUAUUGUCUAAAGCAAGCCUUAAGACAAGUCGACGGCUGGUCCGUCGUGCGAUUAGUCGCAGCGUAUCGUCACCAGUGUGUAACCACCUUAAGAAUCGAGUCUGCC